UUGAGUUAGUAUUCGUCUCCCAGCUUGACUCGUCUCUUAAAAGGAAGAAGAAAUCUGUAAAGGGAAAAACAAAAAUCGGAAAAGAUGUUCCGCUUUGUAGAAUCGGGAUAAGAACAGCAGACUGCUUGGUUUCUGGUUAUUAUAACCUUCAUGUUGAGAUUUUUCUGUGUCGGAGUUUGUGUCAAGUUUCAAGCUGGAGUUUUUACAUGAUUUGUGAAAAAAUCCAUAAGUUGUAGAAAGGAAUUUUUAGCAUGGCGUUGAGAAAUUUAAAAAAUACCAAUAAUUUACUUGGAUAGUUAUAAAUCUAUAGAAUUAUAAAAUUUUACGAAAAAGUGAAUUCCUCAUCUGUGCAAGUUUGACAAUGGAAACUGAUCUUCCAAUGUAAUCUUUGUAAAUUUGUGCAAUGCAAACUACGAGUUCUGCUGGGUUAUACAAACAUCAAAUGAAGUGAAUGCAUUAAUAUCUUGAGUCACAUUAGAUGAACGAUAUAAUCGAAUCUUGUAAAUACUUUGAACAAAAGUAAAUGUGAAACGCAUUUUUAAUACGACGCAUAAACUGUACCAAUGUGAUAUUAUUAGCUAAAAAGUAAAGUUUCAUAAUUUUUUACGUCAUUUAACUUGUUAAAGUGAGGAAUAUAUUUUUGUGUUUGUACCUCAUAUAUUUUUAAACAAAAGGGAUUGUUUCCGACCACGAAAAAGGGUUACGUUGCCACAAGUUUAGGAAACGGAUUAGUGGAAACUUUCCCCUUCUUUGGGUGAAAUGAGCACGAUUAAAGUCGCCCUUCGCGUGCGUCCCCUCUCCGAACGAGAAUUGAACGGUGGAUACCCGGUGGUUCUCUCGGUUGAAAAUAAUUCUGCCUUCGUAACAGAUAUUCGGGUUCCCGAAAGUCCAAGUGCCGACUCACGCCCGAGAUAUCGCCAAUUUCAAUUCGACCAUGCCUUCAGGUUGGACAGGGGGUGUAACUCUGCUCGUAUGGAAGGAGCCCAGCAGUCCGAAAUUUAUAAGGAAAUGGGUCCCCCUUGGAAGCGUCCGUGCUGGACGGCUACAACGCUUGUCUCCUCGCCUAUGGUCAGAGUGGGACGGGCAAAACGCAUACCAUGUUGGGGUCAAAGGACGACCCUGGUCUAAUUCCACGCCUCUGUCUCAAUAUUUGGGACAAGUUGGAAGGAAAUGGGGGUAAUAAGUUUCGGAUGGAAGUCAGCUUUAUGGAAAUUUACAGGGAGAAAGUUCGUGACUUGUUGAAUCCUUCUGGGGGUGUGCUAAAACUGCGAGAACAUCCCCAAUUCGGGCCACUUGUGCAGGAUCUCCGUCGUUUGGAGGUUACGGAAGAACAUUGCCUCUCAGAUUUACUGUGGGAAGGUGAAUGUCGUCGAGCGAUUGGGACGACGGGUUCGAACCAUCGGAGCAGUCGGAGUCACGCCAUUUGGACGAUUUACUUAACGCGACAAAAAUCGGAUAAUUGCUCAACCACGAUUACAAAUCGGAUUCAUUUGGUCGAUCUGGCUGGAAGUGAGAAGGCAGGAUUCGCAACAGCCAAGAACUUGCUCGCAGAAGGGGCCGAUAUCAAUCGAUCCCUUGUAGCGUUGGGAAACGUCAUUUCAUCUUUAGCCGAGAAAGCACAGUACAUUCCGUAUAGAGAUUCCGCAUUGACGUGGCUGCUAAAAGACUCCUUGGGUGGAAAUGCGACCACUGCAAUUAUCAUUACCGCGUCUCCCGCGUCUUGUUCGCACGCUCAGACCCUGAACAGUUUCCGGUUUGCGCAGAGAGCGCGCCUUGUUGAGAAUAAGCCACGAAUAAAUUUGAAUUAUUUGUCGCCUUUACUCGGUUUAAAUAACGGAAUCGGUAUCGGACUCGCAUCGUCUGUGGCGUCAACUUCCGCGACCCCUUCGGCAGCAGCGCUGUAUUCGAUCAUGUCCGCCUUUGAGAUUAAAAAGGACAUUUCCAAACUUUCAAAAAUUAUAAGGACGGCGCAAAGUUUUGCCUCCAUUGCAUGUUACUGGGCAGUACAAAGUGUUCAAUACCCUUCUCCAAACGGGGACACUGUUUGGGCACGGUGGAACUUUCUACACAACGGCGGCAUCUUGCGAAGUUUGACCCCACGCGCGUCCUGGAACCGCUUAGUAAACGCGCUCGAGGGUUGGAACGCGAUUGAGGGCGAGCAACUAAAAAUCCAACAAGAACAAGAAGCCCGCUCCCGAGCGGGAUCUGUCGACACGGCGAUGGGAAAUUCAUCCCCGGGAAAAAGUGACGCCACAAGUCAAGCCAACCUUAUCAUCAAAAAGGCGGCGACAUGCAUAACACCGUCCUCCGCACCGAGCAGUCCAACCACGAAGAAAACCACGGUGGGAAACGAGGUUUUUAUCCCAGUCUCGAAUUCCAUCAAGUGUCUCACAUGGCGACAAGAAGAGGUCAGAUUGAACCCCGUCAAAGAUCCCGAUGUCGACGAGGAUUGUCCGAAAGUGGUGAAGAAAUUGACAGAAAACCAGGUCAACCUCCUGCUUCCGGUGCAAUACCCAGUCCCACAACAUUUAGACCACCCGUCACGAAUCUCGGAGAAGAUUCAUCGCUCUCUGGCCGCACUUCCGGUCGCCGAAAAGGCGCGAUUAGGGAUCGUUCCGGAUGUCUUGAUGGAAGGAAAUUCGCCCCUGAUCAGGCAUAGGAUUCCAACUUUGGUGAAUGCGGAGAGGAUUUUGGAGCCUAAAGUGGAACACUUGGUUUUCCAGGAGAGUGAAAAUGUCAUCAGGGUUCCGGUGGUGAGGAAGGAUGAAGAUUUUUUUAGCUUGAGUGAUGAAGAAAGUGGUGACGAGGUGGAGAAAUGGGUGCGAAAAUUCGUCACGGUGGAGGACCACAAAUGCGUCGAGGUGAUGGAAGAGGCGAUAAGUGACGAGGAGGAGGAAGUGGAGGAGAUAAGGACAGGGUCAAAGUUCCGGUUGGUGAGGAAUAAGGACAAGGACAAGAAAUUGUCCCCGGGGACGGUGCAAUUGCCCAGAUUUCCGUCAAUUUUUGAUAAGCUGAGAGAAAAUAAGAAAGUCGUGACGUUUGAAGAUAUCAGCGAGGGCGAGGAGGACGACAAUAUUUCAGAUGACAGUUUGGAUAAGAGGACGACAAGUGACGAUGGGUUGGACGAGAUGGAAAUAAUUCCCGUCAGAAGGAAGAGGAAAUCGCCACCGCCUCCACUGCGGGAGGAAAUAAUCGGGGAGGAUGAUAAUGCCGACGAAGCGUUGAUCUGUGUAGAGCAGUUUGCAAGCUGUAGUCCAGUGGAUGGGAGGAGUUGGUCGAAUUGUGACGACUCGGAGGAUGGAUCAGAGUCAAGUUCUUCAGAAUCUGGGUGGAAUUUCUUGAGGGUUGGAACGAUUCCGGUUUUGGUGAAGGUUAUGCCGGAAGAGGGAGACGCGGAGAAAGAUUUCCGACUCGAAUCCAUCACCGAAUGGGUGAAAGACGUCAACGCCAAUCCAAUUCCAGUAUCCACCUUAGAACUCAACCUUGACCUUCCUUCCGACCCCGAAAUCGAAUCUGAAGCCGACUCCCUCACCAACAACGACCUUUCUCCUCCUCUCCUCGAUAGUGGUGGAAACGACUCAAAAUUCCGUACCCAUUUUUCCCGUGAACUCAGCCAAAUGGAACAAAUCGGGGCAAAGUUGGCGCAACUGAAACAACUUUCCACCCAAGGUAACCGCUUUAACGUAGUAAAACCCUAUCUGGACGAGAUUAUGACGUUGGAAACCACCGACCACGCCACACCCGACCCCAGUUUGGACACGCAUAUUGAAGAAUGUUCCGGUUGGAGUGUCGCAACCGAGUUGAACCUCGUGAAAAAGGAGAUGACAGCGCUAAGCAGGCUUUUAAACUCGCGCGGGCAGCCGAGGCGUGAUUCAAAUGCGAGUUCUCAAAGUUCCCGGGCCUCUUCGACCACGUGCAGUGGUACGACGCAGAGUCAGAGUUUCCCCUCCCCUCGAGCGGCCAGGGGAGGAGAUGAGUAUCAUCAAUUUGGCUUAUCUUCGAGGAUAAGACCAACCUCCGCGUCGGAAAGGGGACAAAUUAUGUCGGCCGAAUUUGGGAGGAAUCCGGGAAGAAAUUCCUGGUCAGAGACAGCACUUGGGAAUAGAUUUCAUACGGGGGCAGGAUUUUCGGGAGGGGAACAGUUCACAUUUCCUGAGGGGGCAGCGAGACAAAGUGAUCCAUUUGCAGGGAUGAAUUUUGAGUAUGGUCACCGAUUACGGGAGGAAGUGACACCGAAAACGGGGUCAAACUCGGGUCAACACCAUAACCAAAGACCACUCGGAGUUGUGCUUCCUCUUGACCAGUUUUCCUCUGGGGAAUCGAGUGUACAUCGAUCCUAUGGACGUGGUGAUUAUCGUGGUGGAGCAGAUUUCUAUUCAUGUGAUGAAGCGAUGAUACCACAGCAGUCGUCGUUCUGUUCGAGUGACCAUAUCGUGCCGACGUCAAUGUCGCAUUCUUCUCAAAUAUUUCCUGGACAAAGAACUCCCCCAGAGGUGUUUUAUCACCCGACACAUCCACCUUAUCAGAAUGCAUCACCUUAUCAAAAUUUUGGUCCGCCACAAAUUAACAUGACAAAUUACAACAAUACUUUGCAAGGAUACUCAUCUUCAAGUUCUCAAAAUUAUAAUAACAGUAUUUUUCCCAAUAGGACGAGACAUUUCUAAACUGUCGAAAUAAUGAAUGGCUAUAAUAAAUAAA